GACGCGGUUCCGCGCGACGGCGGUCACCAGGCCCCGCCCCUUGGGCGCUGAGGGGCCGUACCCGGAGCCGGGAGGCUGUUAGGGUCGUGGUCAUGGCCCUGGCGCCUGCCAAUCAGCCGGAGGUGAUCCGCGCCGCUCAGAAAGAUGAGUAUUACCGGGUCAACCUGCGGAGCGCAGCCGGAGGCGCCCUUCACAGCCUGGCAGGUGCUAAGAAAUGGCUGGAAUGGAGGAAGGAAAUUGAGUUGCUGGCAGAUGUGGCCUACUUCACCCUCACCACGUUUUCAGGCUACCAGACUCUCGGUGAGGAAUACGUGAACGUCAUCCAGGUGGACCCGUCCAAGAGCAGGGUCCCUUCGUGGCUUCGCCGAGCCGCCCUGGUCGGUCUGCACACGCUGGCGCCCUACGUGCUGGAGAAGGCCCUGGUCCAUCUGGAGCACGAGCUGCAGGUGGAAGGCGAGGGCACCCGGCACCCGCAGAGCGGCCUGCUGCCCGGCGUCCGAGGCAGGUCGGCCGUGCGGCGCUGGCUGCACAGACACGUCCGCCACCUGACCGAGGCUCAGAAGAAGGGGCUCCUGCGCGUGGUGUACGUUUUCAAACAGAGCGUCACCUGCCUCCAUCGGCUGCACCUGGCCGUGUUCUACAUGAACGGGGUCUUCUACCACCUGGCUAAAAGGCUCACGGGGGUCACCUACUUACGCGUGCGCAGCUUCGCUGGAGACGAUCAUGGCGUCCGCUGGAGCUAUGGGGUUCUGGGGAUGGUGUCCUUGCUGCACCUGCUGCUGUCGGUGGGCGUCCAGAUCUACGGCUUCACUCAGAGGCAGCAGGCCCGGAAGGAGUGGAAGCUUCACCGCAGCCUCUCCCGCCGCAAGAGCCUCGCGGAGGAGAAGUCUGCAGGCAGGAGCUCCAUGUGCACCCUGUGCCUGGAGGAGCGCCAGCGAGCCACGGCCACACCCUGUGGCCACCUCUUCUGCUGGGAGUGCAUCACCGAGUGGUGCAACACCAAGACGGAAUGUCCCCUCUGCCGAGAAAAGUUUCAUCCGCAGAAACUGAUUUACCUGCGACAUUAUCGUUAGACCUAGGAAACCCAGCUCAAAGGGCAACAGAAGAAAAGGAAAAAAGCUCUCAAGAAUUAUGUUUUUAUUAAUGGACCAAAAGCAGAGUUCAUUUUAAUUUAUCCAGAAUCAUGAUGGUGACUUAACUUGCACUGUAAUUAUCAAGUUUGUUUUCGAAAUCACUGUAUGAGGUGCUUUGACUGCUGCUCAGAUACCAGGGGAUGACGCGGUGGGAUCCAAGGACAGGACUUCAGACAGGAAUGCAUGUACACACUGGAAUAUACUCAGAAAAUUCACCCUGGGCCUCAGACACUGUUGCCAAAUGUAGGUAUGUCCACCUUCCUUUCUAAUUGGGCUGAGAUAACUUGAGUUGACUAUUUUGGACAAAUAGUACUUACUCUAACUUCCUUUCCUCCAAUUUCUGUGCUACUUGAAAAGUUUUUGAGAAGUCAGUAUUUUGCUUAUUCAGAAAAGGGUUCACUGUGCUUAUCAAAAAAGCAGUGUUUUAGGUUGUCUUCCUUACCCACAGUAAUGCAUCUGAAACCAAAUUCUUCGGAAUUUACAUUCUAAGCAGUCAGUAAUAAAGGCCUGUGAAUAUAUUAUGGCAUAAUAAUUUCAGUAUCAGGUUUAUUCAUGAAUGAAUGAUUCAGGAAACUUGGUAAUUUAUCCAAGUACAAACAGUUCAGUUUCAAUAGUUGGCCACCAAACAAUGAAUUCCCCAAUUCACCUACUAGGGCUUGCUGGUGUGUUAACCCAAGCUUAUAUUGGCACGCACUUUUGAGAAAAAAGUCAGUUAUUCUAUAAAACAAAACAAUAAAACCCACCCUUCAGUCCACUGGACAAACAUAUCUACUCUGCUACUAGAAAAACCAAUGCUCUGGCUGGUGAUUCAGUUCCCUGCCUCUUGGGGUGUUGGAUGUGUGACACCUUGGAAGGGGUGCUUUCCCUGCCAACAAGGUCAGGCCAACUCAUGAAGACAUUUGCGAGUCACACCCGUUGUCUUUCUCACCAACCACACAAUCUGACAGGGUUAAGUGGAAGGACCUUGACGGGAGCCCAGGCUAACGAGACCCACCUACUGUCAGGAGUCACAAAGAAUAUCCUCUACAAACCCCAGGUGACCCCUUCCUUUUGAUCCUUCAAAUCUCUACUUCACGAAUUCAUGAAUUGUUUCAAUCCAAACAAAUCUGUGGAAAAAUAAAUCUUUUCAAUUCCACCAAUAGCAAUUAUAAUUGCUAUUAGUUGAAUAAUUUUUCUAAUAUGAUAUUUUAAAGGUGCAAUAGAAAAGUGUCUUAACUUUAAAUCUGGUAGAAAGAUUAUUCCUGUUACACCUUUAAAAACAUUCUAAGCAACCCCUCAGCAUUCUAGAAGCCUGGAGAGGUAAAAGGAGGUUCUUAAAGCUAAGAUAAUUUUCAUUUCUUUCCAACACAAACUACUUCCCAAUUAAUUUUUAAUAAAAGCUGCAACGACCCUUUAGUUUUGAAGACAACAGAACAGUUAGGUUUCUCUCCAGGCAGACUGAACCCAGUCUACAUUUGGAGUCAAGUAUAGUGGGUUACAGGACCAGAGAGGUUAUUAAUAUCAGUUAAACAGGGGGAUUCCUGUUAAGCACAGGAAAAAACACAUGAUCAACUUCUAUGUAACCAUCUCCAGAAAAAAGGAGCACUCACUACAAAAGAAAUUUGUUUGGUGGAAAUACUAAAUGCAAUGGCUUUGUUUUUUCAACAUUAAGCUUAAUUAAGGGCAGAAAAAGAUAAAUGGAGGAGGGUGAGAGGAGUUAACAUGCUUUUACUGUGUAUUUUUAAAAGUUAUAAAAUUUCCUUAAAUUCAUAUUUUUAUCAAGUGUGCAAUAUGGUUGUGCCACAUUUCACUGCUUUUUAAAAAACAUUUACAAUAGAGGACUAUCAAUAAUACUUUGAAUGUCUGGGAAAUCUAUAGAUGGGAGAGAAUGACUCUGUUGAUAACUUGUUUUAAAAAAGCACAAUGUCUCAAUUCUGAUGCUUAUUUAAAUAUGAAGUUCACAUAGAGGGCUGAAGUUUUCAAUUUUCAAGAGCACUUUUACUAUAUAAUCUGUUAUGCAGAACAAAAAAAUCUUUUUAAGUGUCAAUUCUAGAAAUCCCAUAAUUGAACACUGCAUAAAUAUCUAGAUAAUAAUGACCAUAUUCACAUCAAUCCCCAAUCUCAGCAUCUACAAUUAAAGAAUACUAUUAAAAAUAGCUCUCAAAGUAUCAGAUCUAUGCAUUGCUCUAAGAUUGGGGAGCAAAUACAUUAAUUUUCACUAUGGUAUGUAAGGCCAUAGUGGGAAUUCAUCCAGAGAUUUCCUAUUUUACUGUCAGCUAAAAUGAUUCAGUUGUAGCAAAAAUUAAUACUUUUAUCAACUGGGUUUUUUUCAUGGUGUGUGAUGAGUUGUAGUGUUCUUAUAUAAAGACUAACACAAGAAAGGGGACACUAUCUUUAAUAAAGUCUGGAAUUAAAAAGUCACUUAAUAAAA